AUGGUGUCACACGUGAACAAGAUAUCAUACCCUGUAACAAUCAACGAACCAUGUUACCUUCCAAUAGCUCUCCCCGUUGAUUGUCAACAUUCCAAGAUGGCUUUUAGUUUAGUUGAGCACAUCGCCUGUAACCUGCGGAGGCCCGAUAACACUCUUAUUGGACGAGUGGUAAAGAUGUCAGGAAAUGUGCGAUGCUAUAAAGAGAAGCGGCACGUUUGUGCAGAAAUAGAACCCGACCAUAAAGUGUUAGAAGUUGGCUUUGGACCAGGUAUUGGGAUUGAAGAGGCAUGCAAAUAUGUUAAAGGAGGAAAAGGGAAGGUUUACGGAAUCGACAUCUCACAAGAAAUGGUAGCCACUGCGACUAAACGCGCUGAAAAGGAAAUAAACGACGGAAAGGUGGAACUGAUUAACGGUGAUGUAGCAGAUUUGUCUCGUUUUGGGUCCAGCACAUUUGACUGUGUUUUUCAUGGCAACUGCUACUAUUUCUGGCCCGAUAUGGAUAAGGCGACACACGAACUCUACCGGGUAAUGAAAACAGACGCUGUUAUGAUAUCGACUAUGAAUUACGAGCGUGCAAAGCGCAUGCAGGGUCUAGGGCUUUUGCGAUAUGGAUAUCCUGAUCAAGGACGUUAUAUGAAAUCGUUGGAAUCGUGUGGAUUUGGAGGCGUACGUGUAGAAAAAAAUGAAAAAUAA